CCAUGGCCGAGGAUGCGCCGGUGUCCCCGGCGGGCGGCGCGGGCAUCCGGGGCCUGCACCGCGCCGUAAUCCAGUGGUUGGUUGACAAUUUCUGUAUCUGUGAAGGGUGCAGUGUGCCUCACUGCCUGAUGUAUGAGAUUUAUGUGGAGACCUGUGGUCAAAAUGCUCAAACCCAAGUCAACCCGUCCACAUUUGGGAAGCUUGUGCAUUUGGCUUUUCCUGAUCUUGGUACCCGGAGGCGAGGCACGAGAGGAAGUGCCAGGUAUCAUUAUGAUGGAAUCUGUAUUAAGAGAAGUUCUUUCUUCUAUGCCCAGUAUUGCUACCUUCUGGGAGAAAAAAGUGGAGAUACCAUUGCCUUUGAAAAAUCUACUAAUUAUAACAGCAUUAUCCAACAAGAAGGAACAUGUGAAAAUCAUUCACCAAUGAAGACAGACCCAGUUGGAUCUCCUUUGUCUGAAUUCAGGAGAUGUCCAUUCUGGGAGCAAGAACUGGCAAAGAAGUACUCCUACAAAAUGAUGGCCUUUCUUGCUGAUGAAUACUACAACUAUUGCCAAGACAUUUUACAAAAUGUGAGGAACCGAGAACUUGAGAGGGUAGAAGACUUGCUCAUUUCUUUCUGGAAAUCUCUGCAGCAAGACACAGUCAUGCUUAUGUCAUUGCCUGAUGUGUGCCGUCUCUUUAAAUGCUACGAUGUGCAGCUGUACAAGGGAGUUGAGGACGUUCUCCUUCAUGACUUUUUGGAAGAUGUUCCUAUUCAGUACCUGAAAUCUGUCCGGUUAUUUAGUAAGAAAUUUAAGCUGUGGCUACUUAAUGCUUUGGAAGGUUUCCCUGCCUGCGUGCAGAUCUCCAAACUCAAAGAAGUUACUGUGUUUGUCAAAAGACUAAGAAGAAAGACAUACCUUUCCAACAUGGCAAAGACUAUGAGAAUGGUAUUAAAAAACAACAGGAGGGUCAGCGUUUUGAAGUCAGAUCUACACGCCAUCAUUAAUCAAGGCACUCUGGACACUUCCGAAAAUGCCCUGCCGAGUAGCCUGUGCAGCACGGCUGACCUGGAGACGCACACGGAGAUGCAAUGUAAACUUCCUUCUGCAGCUUGCAUUGCUGGAGGGGGUGAGGAACACUCAAGGGAACACUCCUCCAGGGCCUCCCUGACGGUCCGCCAGGCCACUGGUGCUAUGGCCGGCUUUGUGCUUUCCAAAAUCAGUGCUGUCACUUUCAUUAUCAUGGGAGUGCCACUUUUUCACACGAUCCGACUUGGCAAUGAUAAAACAGCCGCCAUGUCUCAAUGGCUACCACCAGGCAGCUUCUACGAGGCGGCCGCUGCAGGAUUUUGCUGUCUGGCUUCACAACCAAGCAGAAACAAAGAAGAGUUUAUCAAGUUGGCCGCCAGCUUCCAGCUAAGAUGGAAUUUCCUUCUUACCACCGUGAGCAAAGUCAUGACCCUCUGCCACAGGGACAGUUUUGGCUCCUGGCAUCUGUUUCAUUUGCUGCUUCUGGAAUAUGUGAUUCAUAUACUUCAGUCAUGCAUAGAAGAGGAAGAGGAUGACGAUGAUGUGGGAAAUCUCAAGGAAAUGCUCCCAGAUGACCAGUCUCUUGUCCAGCUAGACCAGGCACCUUUCCACCCUCCAGAUUCUUCUCCAGCUCAGGAGUAUGACAGCUCAUGUGUGGCUCCACCCCGGGUGACGCUGAAACACAUAGGCCAGAGCCGAUGUCCCGUGGGUGUGAACAGUGUGUUCCUCAGGGUGCUGGGCUUCCUGGUGGACACUGCCACGGGUGAUAAGCUCAUCCAGGUAUUGUUGGAGGACAAGGCCACCGAAAGCACCCUCACACUCAGCCUUCCUGUGGGACAAGAGGCCGUGGUAACCCUAAAAGAUGGACAAAAAUUUGUAAUUCAUGUAUCAGAUGUACCCUAAAGCUCUGAAAAUAUUUUUUUCAGGGAAAGCAACGCUAAUACAUAGAGUGAUUUAUUAGAAUAGGACAUGAGAAAACAGAUUUUUCACUCUAAAAAUAUAUUAAAUGCUAAAGCUUUUGUAUUGAUGAGAAAGAAGAUUUUAUGUACAUAAUAGAGGUAGCAUUGUCUGUUUUGUGUUUAUAUGUGUUUCAAGGAGUUCAUUUUGGUGAAUCAUAUAAACUGAUUUGGAGAAUA